AUGAGUUGUUCGGAAGGAAUGUCUGUUGUUCCUAAUUCUGGUGCCAUAGUCCCUUACUCAAGUGAAGAAUCAGACGAUGAACGCAUCGUUGAUGCGGAAGAAUCAGACGAUGACCACAUCGUUGUUGCGGAAGAAUUUGAUGAAGUCAUUUCUGUUGAAGGGAAAGGGCUUUGCAACAGGAUUAUUACUCGUACGGGAUGUGGUGCAAUGUUGCAGAUUAAGGUUGAUGCGGAAGGCAUUUGGAAGGUGGUUGUGCACAAAGUUGAUCAUAACCACAAAAUGAUACCUGAAAAUCAUCGUCACUUGGAUCGGUCACAUAGGCAGAUGCCCGAUAAUGAUGUAGCGCUUCUAGCUGGGAUGAAGGAGCACGGAAUUGGCCUUACACACGGGUAUAAGAUGCUGCAUAAGCAAGGGGAUGGUUCUCCCAACCUAAAUUACACCAUCACGUAUGCGAGAAACAAGUUGGCUGCACUUGAACGUGCGAGGUGGGAGUGUGGUGAUGCGAAUAAGUUGCUCGAUAUUCUAAGGAAGAGGAAAGUAACUGAGCCUGACUUUUUCUUCGAUUUCUUGCAUGACUCCUCUUGUAGAUUGUGUGAUGAUUAUGAUUGCGCUGAUAAUAAAUGGUUGUGGAAGUUACAUUCCAAUAGGCAUAAAUGGUGUCCAACCCUGAACAAAGACCGGUUUUCUGGUGGUGCACUUUCUUCACAGAGGAGUGAGUCGACCAACAAGGCGAUUUGUCAGGAACUCUCAAAAUAUACGUGCUUGUGUACCUUCUAUGAUAAGUUUGAGGAGGUAGUGAAGGGCUGGAGGAAGAAAGAGACUCAUGAAAAUUUCAGGUGUAAUAUCGGACGUGUGGAGAUGAAGUUCAAAGAUGUGAAUUUACUUACGCAUGCACAAUAUUAUAUUUUGGGUCGGUGGAGAAGGAACGCUAAUAAGCAAUGUAGUGUUGUUGCUUCAAUUAGUAAUGGAGGGUCUGGGGUUGUAGGUUCUACAAUUUGGAGGUCAGAUGUUAUCGGCAAGUUUAUUAGGAUGGUUUCGGAAAGUGAGCUUUCUCCAGUAGCUAAACAGCUUAUCGAGGAAGGUCUGAGUGUGAUGGCAAGAGUGGUCGAGGCCGAAGUUAGGGCUAUACAGUCUAGAGAGACAGAGGAAAAAGAAGAGGCUUCAGCAUCAAAUGCGGUUGUUAAAGAUCCUGAGCAAGUGAGGCAAAUUGGUGAUUUUAAUGUAAGGAUGAACAAUGUUAGGCUGGAAAUGAACAAUGAAGCACGACUGCAAGCAAGGGUUGAUCUGUUAAGGCUGAUGAUGGAAAGAACCCAACAGUUUCUGAGGGAUUCCAGCAACAUAAGGACGAGGAGGGCACGACUGAAUGAGGAUUUCCCCAAUAGGGGUGAUCCGGCAAGGCGAGCUUAUCUACGUCAAUUGCGUAGGGCUGAAAGGAGGUUCCUGAAAUUGCAGGCCAAGAUGCACAUCAUAGUUUUACCGGAAGAACAUCAGGUAGUACAGGAAGCACAUCAAGUUUCCACAGUUGAACUUGCCGUUUCGCAGUGA